AUGGGAAAGCGGCGGAUCAGUUACUUCUAUGAUGGCGACGUCGGUAACUUCUAUUACGGCCAGGGUCAUCCUAUGAAGCCACAUCGUAUACGCAUGACCCACUCGCUGCUCUGUGCUUAUGGUAUCUACAAUAAAUUGGACGUCUUUGUAAGUUUUUUUCCUCUAAAUAAAAUUCCUUGUUUAGGAACUGCGGAAGCUGUUGAGGUUAUUGUAAAUUACUCUUUCAGAGGCCGGAUCCAGCCACUUUCGAGACGUUAACCUCGUUUCAUUCCGAUGAUUACAUCAAUUUCCUCAAGGACAUCAGGCCUGAUAAUAUUUCGAAUUUCGGAAACGCUAUGCAGAAUUUCAACGUCGGUGAAGAUUGUCCGGUGUUCGAUGGGCUCUACGAGUUCUGUUGCAUUUCCAGUGGCGGUAGUUUGGGUGAGUUUUUAACCGUUUUGCUUGGUUUUUAGAUGUCCACCAAAUUCCCCCUUGGAUAAUAUAAAUUCCGAAUAUUUUUGACGAUUUUUUCCAGCCGCCGCCUCAAAAUUGAACCUCGGUGAAGCUGACAUUGCAAUAAACUGGAUGGGAGGGCUUCAUCACGCCAAGAAAUGCGAAGCUUCCGGAUUUUGCUAUACAAAUGAUAUUGUACUAGCCAUUUUGGAAUUGCUGAAUUACCAUCAGCGAGUAUUGUAUGUAGACAUCGAUAUUCAUCAUGGUGAUGGUGUUGAGGAGGCAUUCUACACGACGGACAGAGUCAUGACCUGCAGUUUUCACAAGUAUGGAGAGUAUUUCCCAGGGACAGGAGAUAUCCGGGUGGGUGAAUGUUUUUGAUUAUUUUGUUUGGAUUUAGGGUUUCCAAAGGGAUGAACAAGACUUGGUUUGAAAGAAGAUGUCCUAAUAAGUCUAGAAAACUUAAUUUUAUACGAAAUAGUUCCCUGCAUCAAAAGCUAUGGCCAUUUUUAUAUUACACUUGAUAUUGACCUAACCUUCUUUGGAAAAUGUCUUAUAAAUUGAAUAUUUUCAGGACAUUGGAGCUGGCGAAGGACGAUAUCACGCCCUGAACUUCCCUCUUCGCGAUGGUAUUGAUGAUGCCACCUAUGAAUCGAUUUUUGCGCCAGUUAUGACCAAAGUCAUGGAGCAUUUCCGACCAGACAUUGUCGUCCUUCAAUGUGGCGCCGAUUCGUUGACCGGUGAUCGACUUGGGUGUUUCAAUUUGACGGUGAAAGGUCAUGGGCGAUGUCUGGAGUUCCUCAAGAAGUUCAAUGUUCCCAUUUUGAUGCUGGGAGGUGGCGGUUAUACGAUUCGAAACGUCGCGAGAUGCUGGGCCUAUGAGACCUCGAUAGCUUUGGACACGGAAUUGUCGAAUAGUAGGUGGAAUUGGGAAUAUAUUUGAAUGUCAUAUUGUUGCAGACAUUCCAUACAACCCGUACAUUGAUUAUUACGGGCCGGACUUCCUCCUUCAUAUCACACCUUCCAAUAUGCCCAAUCACAACACCAAGGAGUACUUGGACAAGGUUUCAAUCGAUAUUUUUGAGUCCCUCAGACAGUUGGAUGCAGCGCCGUCGGUCCAAAUGAAAGGUAAGAGUUUUUGUUUUUAUUGUCUACAGAUUUAGAGAAUCAAAUGGCGGGUUAUUGACGAUUAUAUUACUUUAGCCACACCUACAACAAGGAUCGACAAAACUGCCGCUAUCGAUGCUGCCGAUCCGGAUGUCCGACUCCCCGACGCUGUAACUGAUGGCAUCAUCGAGGACAAUGGAGAGCUGUACGAUGGAGAGAAGGAGGGCGGAGAUCUGAGGAACCGACAUAACUUUAAACGACCGGCCUCUCCAGCUGGAUUGGAGGGCCAAAAAAGGCCAAAGGAUGAACAAAAUGAUGUGGUAUGA